AGUGAAUUGUUAAUAUUUGGUAAUACAAUAGACUUAGAUUCACCUAAUUUUGUAAUGCAACCUCUAGUACUUAAUAGUGUUGUUAGUUCUGAAGUUGUUGAAGACAAUAUUAAAGAGAACUAUGGCAAUAUAGAAUUUGAUGUUAAUACUUUGGUAGAUAGUUUUGAUAUUUGA